AGGACAGGCACAAUUUCAUCCUGAGGACCUUGAAGCAUCCACAUCUCACACCUUCAAAGUGAAGAGCUUUAAGAAAGUGAAACCAUGUGGGAUCUGUCGUCAGGCCAUUACCCGGGAGGGUAGCACCUGCCGAGGUUGCAAUCUCUCCUGUCACAAGAAAUGUGAAGCCAAGGCUGCCACGCCUUGCAUGCCUGCUGGCAAUCAUGAGCUGCCGUCCACUGAGGAGAGCCCUGUGAAGCAUGUAGACACUCCGGUGUUCGUAAAAUCCCCCAAAAUUAUUCAGGCACGACGUAAACCCUCAAGGAGCUUAAGCCUAAAUCAGGCCAUGGAGGACACUUGUGAACUCGACCUGGUAUAUGUCACAGAACGGAUCAUUGCUGUCAACUUUGCAAGCCUGUCGGAGGAGCAGACCUUCUGCAGCAACCUGAAGGAGGUGGCACAAAUGCUGAAAUCCAAGCAUGGGGACAGUUACUUGCUUUUUAACCUGUCAGAGAGGAGGCAUGACAUCAGCAAGCUGCACUCCAAGGUGCUGGAUUUUGGAUGGCCUGACUUGCACACGCCUGCCCUGGAGAAGAUAUGCAGCAUCUGCAAGGCUAUGGAUACCUGGCUCAAUGCUGAUCCUCACAAUGUAGUGGUUCUCCAUAACAAGGGCAACAGAGGUCGGACAGGGGUUGUCAUUGCUGCCUACAUGCACUACAGCAACAUUUCAGCCAGUGCAGACCAAGCUCUAGACCGGUUUGCCAUGAAAAGGUUCUACGAGGACAAGGUGAUCCCAGUGGGGCAGCCAUCACAGAAGAGGUAUGUCCAUUACUUCAGCGGUCUCCUCUCUGGCACCAUCAAAAUGAACAACAAGCCCCUCUUCCUUCACCAUGUCAUCAUGCACGGAAUUCCCAACUUUGAGUCAAAAGGAGGCUGCCGGCCCUUCCUCAAGAUCUACCAGGCUAUGCAACCUGUCUACACAUCUGGAAUUUACAACGUGCAGGGAGACAGCCAGACCAGCAUCUGCAUCACUAUAGAGCCGGGACUGCUCUUAAAGGGAGACAUCUUGCUGAAAUGCUAUCACAAAGAAUUCCGUAGCCCGACUCGGGAUGUGAUCUUCCGGGUGCAGUUCCACACCUGUGCCAUUCAUGAUCUGGCCAUUGUCUUCAAUAAGGAGGACCUGGAUGAUGCCUUUAAGGAUGAGCGGUUUCCCGAGUAUGGGAAGGUGGAGUUUGUGUUCUCCUAUGGCCCUGAGAAGAUCCAAGGCAUGGAACAUCUUGAAAAUGGCCCCAGCGUCUCAGUGGACUAUAAUACCUCGGAUCCACUCAUCCGGAGGGACUCCUAUGAAAAUUUCAACAUGCAUCGUGAAGACAGCAUGGAGGAGGUUGGGCAUACUCAAGGGCCUCUGGAUGGGAGCCUCUAUGCCAAAGUGAAGAAGAAAGACUCGCUUCACGGCAGCACUGGCACUGUCAACACCAACCGCAUUACUCUCUCAGCGGCUCCCAACCAUAUCGAGCACACCCUCUCAGUCAGCAGUGAUUCAGGCAACUCCACUGCUUCCACCAAGACAGACAAGACCGAUGAGCAGGCUGUACCCGUGGUCCCAAGUAGUGGUGGAGGAAACAACCCUAUAUUGACCCCAGAAGAGAAGCGGGAGCUUGACAGCUUGCUCAGCGGCUUUGGGUUGGCAAACGAAGCCGCCAUGCAUAACCACAACCCCAGUGGGGUGGCAGUGGUCGCCUCCACUGCAUCUGGCCGCCACAUAGUCCCCGCUCAGGUGCAUGUCAACGGGGAGACUGCCGGCUUGGUGGCGGAGAGAGAAACGGACAUCUUGGAUGAUGAGUUGCCCAACCAGGAUGGGCACAGCGUGGGCAGCCUUGGAACCCUCUCCUCUUUUGAUGGCACUACUAACACCAGUGACAUGGGCUACCAUGAGGCCCCCCGGAUGGAGAGCCUCAACUCCUUGCCCAAUGGUUCAUCCAACUUCAAUGGUAUAGACAAGCUGCACGAUUCAGAGACAGUGAUCAAUGGUGGCUACCCUUACAACAACCAGAACACCUUGCGGAGCAUGAUGGGGCGUCAUCCCCAGGAUCCAUAUGGACACAUCCGGCCCUCAGUAUCUGCCCAGGAAAAUUUAGCUGACUACUAUCAACACGGAUUCCCCACUCCUGGCUGGUUGCAGCCCCAGCCACCAGUUUCUAGCCACCAGUACUCCUAUGGCUAUGACCCAAAUGGCAUCUAUCGCUCCCAGUCCUUCCCUACUGCUACUGUGGAGACCCCCCAGCUCCCCCAGGCACCAGCCCGGAGCACAAGUAGCCGGGAAGCUGUCCAGAGGGGGCUUAACUCUUGGCAACAGCAAAGUGGAGGCAGCAGACAACCAUCCCGUCAACAAGAUGGCACCCGAGAGAGCCAAAGUCCCAGCAUCUCCAGUGCAAGCCCUCAGCACAGCCCUUCACAGGCGAUGUCUUCUCAAAGCAUCAGCAUCCCUGAAUUCCCCCGGGUGGCUUCCCAGAAGGAGAUAGAUCAGUCAAUUGAAGCCCUCAACAUGCUCAUGCUUGACCUGGAUCCCUCUGCCUCCAUGAUGCACAAAUCACAGAGUGUCCCUGUGGCCUCCAGAGGAGAAAGGCCACAUGCAGUGGCUCUUUCAAUGUCUGCCCAGCCUGUGACUGGCCCUCACGUGGUGCAACCAAAGUCUACAAACACUUUUGGCCCUAUUCCAGGAAGCCCUUCACACAACUCCUUGGGCACUCCUGUGUCCCAGCUGCCUGAACCAGCGCCUAAAGCUCAUCCAACAAAGCUAUUGCUCCAUAGUGCCGAUGAGCCAGAGUACCCAGCACAGGAUUACAGAGAGGCCUAUUUGCCCUACGGCUAUCAGAACCAACAGCCAACUGUAACACAAGCCAGGAGUUAUGGCCAGACUGCAGGAAGCCCUCCUACAUCUCCCAGGCCUCAUGCAAUGGCAUACAAGUUCAUGGAAGGGCAGCACCCAUUGCUUACAUCACCCCCAUCCCCAGUGAUGACCAUACAAGCCCAGGUCCCGGCAAAGGAGACAGAGAAUUAUGAAGAACCUUCUCGUCCCUCGGAGGAAGAGCCGUUGCACCUUGAAGGUCUUGUGGCUCACAGAGUAGCAGAGUACAACGCCAAACUCCGGGACAUCCGGAAGAGCAUGAAAAGCCCCCAUCCUCCUCUUCACCGACAACGAUCCUUCUCCUUUUCUGGAUACUUGGGUCUUCUGAAUCCACCCACCUCUCUCCGUAAAGGUGUACAGUCACCACGGGAGAAGUCACCAGAAGAAACUGAAGCUCCCAUCCGGAGACGUACCACUAGUGAAGGCCAGUAUGAGAACAGUCACCAGGACUCAAAUUCACCACGAAGCCCCACCGUUCGCUCUCCAGUUCACUGUGUCUCACCAGAGGUGGUCAGCACCAUCUCUGCCAACCCCGGAGGAAGGCCCAAAGAGCCCCAUCUCCAUAGCUACAAGGAAGCCUUUGAAGAGAUGCAGGGGACCUCUCCAAGCAGUCCACCCUCCAGCGGUGGUGAGACCUCUCCCCCAACCCCUGCCUUCCCUGUCUCACCACAAACCCCUUACAGUAACCUGCUGCGCUCUCCACCUGGAUUGGCCAAAACUCCACUUUCAGCAUUGGGCCUGAAACCUCACAACCCAGCUGAGAUUUUGCUGCAGCAGACCGGAGAAUUAGAUGGGGAGACAGUAGUUGAAUCUGAUGAAGAGCCCCGGAGCUACGUGGAAUCUGUGGCCCGUUCAGCAGCAGGUGGUGGCAGCGGUGGUGGAGGAAGCAGCAUGGUUGGGAAGCCCCAGACACCGCCAGCUCCACAGGCCUACAACGUCGAGACCCCAGUGAGGAAUGGCUCGUUCCCCAACUCCUUCGCCUCACCAAGCCCUGUCACUGCCAGCAGUCCCAUGCACAGCACGGAUGGGAACUCUAUAUGCAGCUAUCCUUCAGAGAGCAGUACCAGCAUCACCAUGCCCUCUCAGCCCUCUGCUGAGUCCAGUUUCCAAUCGACCAAUCUUUCUCAGGGGCCGUCAGGGCACAGCAGCUACCAAAACACAUCGACAUCAACUCAGGGCCUCCCGGUCUACAUGAAUACUGACUUCCCCGAUGGCCGAGCCAGCACUCAACAAGAGAGCCAGCCAAGGUCUCAACCCCAAGUCAGUGCAGUUGGGGUCCAUGUCAUGCCUGGAAGUCCCCACUCCCUCCACAGAACAGUCGCCACCAAUACUCCCCCUAGCCCAGGAUUUGGGCGAAGAGCUGUCAACACCAACAUGGUGGCCACUCCAGGAAGCCCAAGUAUGAACAGGCACUUAAUGGGACCGCAUGGCAACCUCGUUGCAACGCCUGGAAGUCCUAGCUUUGCUCGGCACCAGCCCAUAAUGGGAGGCAGCACAUCCAUCAUCUCUGGGAGUCCCAACUUGGAUCGGCAUAUCAUGUAUGGUUACUCAACACCAGAGGAGAAGCGCCCAACCCUGUCCCGCCAAAGCAGUGCCUCAGGUUAUCAAGCUCCCUCUACCCCAUCUUUUCCUGUCUCUCCGGCCUACUACCAUGGAGUUAGCAGCCCACAUUCCUCUUCCCCUGAUUCAGCAGUCUACAGGCAGGGUAGCCCUACCCCACCCCAACCCCAGCUUCCAGAAAAGAGAAGGAUGUCGUCAGGGGAUCGGUCAAACAGCCUCCCCAACUAUGCCACAGUGAAUGGCAAGACUUCUUCACCCAUCUCCAGUGGCAUGUCCAGUCCCAGCAGUGGAAGCAGCAUGGCUUUUCAUCAUACCCUGCCAGAUUUCUCCAAAUUCUCAAUGCCAGACAGCAGCCCUGAGACCAGGGCUAACCUGAAGUUUGUCCAGGAUACCUCCAAGUACUGGUACAAGCCAGAGAUCUCCAGAGAACAAGCCAUUGCAUUGCUGAAAGACAAGGAACCUGGGGCCUUCAUCAUUCGAGACAGCCACUCCUUCCGGGGAGCAUACGGACUGGCCAUGAAGGUUGCUUCCCCACCUCCUGGUGUUGUGCAACAGAGCAAGAAAGGAGAUAUCACCAAUGAGUUGGUAAGGCACUUCCUGAUCGAAACCAGCCCUAAAGGUGUGAAGCUAAAAGGAUGCCCCAAUGAGCCAAAUUUUGGUUGCCUGUCUGCUUUGGUGUACCAGCACUCCAUCAUGCCUCUGGCCUUGCCCUGCAAGCUGGUAAUUCCUGAUCGAGAUCCCAUGGACGAAACAAAAGAGACAACCUCAUCAAGCAACUCAGCAACAGAUCUGCUCAAACAGGGAGCAGCCUGCAAUGUGCUCUUUGUUAACUCGGUGGAGAUGGAGUCAUUAACAGGGCCACAGGCCAUCGCCAAAGCUAUCACUGAGACACUGGCCUCCGAAACCCCACCUUCUGCUACUAUUGUCCACUUCAAAGUCUCAACGCAAGGAAUCACCUUAACAGACAACCAGAGGAAACUAUUCUUCAGACGACAUUAUCCCAUCAUCACUGUCACUUUCUGUGAUGUGGACCCACAGGAGAGGAAGUGGACUAAGUCGGACAGUGGUGGCUCUGCAAAACUCUUUGGCUUUGUGGCCAGGAAGCAAGGCAGUACGACGGACAACGUCUGCCACCUCUUUGCCGAGCUGGACCCUGAUCAGCCGGCAGCUGCCAUCGUCAACUUUGUUUCCAGGGUCAUGCUCGGCUCCUCUCAGAAGAGAUGAACUGAUGCCUUCCCCCUGCAGGGGGCUUCUUGCCCUUGAAUUUUGAAGAAGGACUUGGAGUUGUUCCGAGAAGGAAUGCGAGGAAGUGCGUGGUGAAAGAGGGAAGUGGACCAAUGGGGGGAAAGACAGAAAGGAAAAACGUCUGAAUUGUUGGAAGGCCCAAACCAACCAAAUGUACGUACAUAGCAGAAACCAAGGAACUGACACCGUUGCCUUUCCCUGCCAAGUUCAAGAGGUGGAGAUGAUUUUGGCUUUUGGAUCAGCAUGAAAUCAGAGAAUUCACCCCACCCCCCACAGGCCAAAGCACGGAUCUUAUUAACCUUUGUGGGGUAGGACUAUAUCGUAGUUGCUUGUUUAGAAAAUAAGGCAAAAACAAAAACAAAUCAUGAAUUUGUGAGCUGCAGGAAUCGCAUUGAAAGACAUGCCAAACAAGCAAUCUUUGGUACCCAUUUCUGAAAGUAAUUGCUCCCAGCUCUUCAACGGCUGAAUGUACAAAGGUGUAUGUGUGUGUGUGUGUGCAUGUGUGUGCGUGCGUGUGCACAUGUGUGUAGCGUGCACAUGUUUUAAUGUGUAUCUGUGAAAAUCUGCAGUGUUAGGGUCGUGCCUCUACUGAAUGUCAAAUGGCGGCUUUUCAGAACUUUGAUCUGUUGACGCUUGCAUUUUCCUCUUCCUCGAAGGCCAUAGGCCUCCCAUCUCUCCAGCUAGAGGAAAACCUCAUGAGCAGCUACAAGUAGUGUGAGAUCUACCAUGGAGGUGGGAAAUUCUGAUUUUAACCAGUAGAGUCACGCACGCACACACAUGUAUAUGCACACACAUAUGCACACACACACACACAAACGUGUAUGUCCACAUAUACAUUUGUACACAAGAGUUACAAAGCAGGGAGUUUCUCCUUGGCUAAUUUUAGGAGCAUGUUAGUCAAAGCAAAAGAUUAUCUUCUGGUCUCUAUGCAGUGAGGUUCAUGGUAGGUCAUUUGAAUAGAAAAACUGUCCCUUGCCCCCCUGCCCCCCCCCAGCAUUUUUAAAUACCAGCCAUUUGGGAAUGCCAUUCCUUUUAGAUGUAAGGUAAAAACAUCCCUGCCCAGGUUUCUCCCUUCUCCUUUGGGAGACAUGCACGUGGUUUUGUAUGUUGCAUGGAAAUUACUCAGUAGUGCAAAGGCAAGAUGAAUGAUCCAAUAAUGGGGAGGGGGGGGAUUUUAUUCUGAAGACACCAGGAAUAACCUUUAAAAAGAUCCAGCUUGGGGUAAGCUCUGGCUUAAGCGCAGCCAUAGCUGUUCCAAAAACCGGUGGCCAUAGGUAAUUAAUCCACCCCGUUGGAGGUUCAGCGUUUUGUAUGUAGCAAAACUAGCUAAUUAUUUUAUCUCCUUAAGCUUUGAUUUUGCUUCCAGAAAUAGCGAGCACCAGAUCUUGGAGUGACCUGCUUGCCCACAGUUGGCAGCAUUGUCCUUGAUUGACAUUUGUUGUGGAAAGAGAGGCAGCCCCUCUACCUUGCAACUUCAUACCCAUGUCUGCAGUGUAGCAGCAGCUGCAGAAGAACCAUGUAUCCCCCCCCCCCCCCCGUUUAACAUCACAAAGUCGUUCUUCUAUUAGCAUGACUUCUGGCAUUCCUAUCAGGGGCCACACAAGCGCUGCCCAUAAACCAAUGGAGAGGUUGAGUUGUUAAGAGAGGCCUCUUUGGCUGGGGAGGGAUUGAUCACAUAGACUUCCAAUAGCACUGUGGGAGUUUCUCAUCCUCCUCUCAAGCAUCUGCGAUUGGCAAAUCCCAGAUACAAACUCUCCUGCUGAAUGGACGACGAGCUGUUCCCACGUAUCAAAUCCUAUGGGUUUAUUGUGAAUUCUUCAAUCUCUACUUGAACUAGAGUCAAAGCUCCACUGAAACAAGCCACUGGUCAAAGACUUCUGAAGAGGCCAGCAUGCAUGGCAGCAAUGUUAAGCAGUGAUAAGGAGUGUGUGGGCUGUAAGCGCUACACAUCCUCUUGAUAACACUCAGUGGGAGUCGUAACACACUCUUUGGGUGGGUGGGGCUGAUGUCCCUCCAACAGGGUUCAAGGGCCUCCAUUAAAAAGCAUUGAUGAGGAAACAUUGAUAAAAACAGAACUUGAAAUAAUGGGGAAAGAAGACCUUUAGGGAAAGACCGUGUGUGGAUGAGACACUUCAGUACUAAGUCAUGCAGCAUUCACUAAAAGUCAAAAUAUGAACUCCAAGUCAUGCAGUCACCUAAAUUCCCCCAGAGAGUGUAGCUCUCACAUUGCCUUGAUAUAAUAUAUGUAUGUAUGUAUGUACGAAAUAUAAUGACAAAAUAAGUAAGCUAAUCAAAAAAAUUUUAAAAAGUGAAAUUUACACGAAAAGUAUUUAUUUUUUUGACAUAUCGCUUUUAUCUAUCUUUUUAUUUUCUCCAAUAUUUUCAUUUCCCUCCAUUUUCCCUCUUCCCACACCCUCGUGUUAAAGGGUUUUUGUUUUUGUUUUUUUGUAUGUAUGUAUAACUUAGUGCAAAGUGCUUAUUUGGUUAGCAUUAUUGACAUGGGCAAGGUUCCAAAAGAUGAUGUCAAUCCCUCUCCCAAGCCCCCUAGAAGCAACAUCUUCUGAAAUUGUGCACAGAGCAAUGCAACAAUACGGUAUUUUCCCUUCCCACCACCUCAUUUUUAGUAAUCUGCCCGAGCAAGUGAGCAUGUAUGGAUUAUGACUUCAUUGCUGAGUGAUGCGAGGGUUAACGGUGUGCGUAUGUGUGAAAGUGUGUGGAGAGAGACUCAUUUCUGGAUACUGUAUAAAGCAUGAGUUUUGCAUCCAAGAGCUGUUGUUGAAACAGAUACUUGGAUGGAGUGGGAGCAUAAGGUGUUUUUUUUUUUUUGGUGUCAUCACCCAGGCUCCAUGCCCCAUCCACACCCAGAUGGGAUGCCGGAGGCUGCGAUAGCUUAUUCUUUAUGUUGGUUACAAGUAUUUCCCUCCUUCUGCGAAAUUCAAGCAAGAUUAUCCCCCUCCCUCGCCUGCAACUGUCUCACCCUGCCAUUAACCAAUUAGAGAAACACUGUGUCUAUAGAUAUAUAAAUAUUAUAAAUAUAUAUAUAUAUUUUUGAAAGUCUCUAUUUUUCAGACUUCAUUUUUUUUCCACUGCUUUCAGAAAUUUGCCAUUUCCCCCUGCCCUUUCAUCACUUGCUGUCCUGUCACAAAAAAGUGGCAUUGAAAUGUAAUGGUUCAUUUUUGUUUUGCCAUUAAAAAGGAAAAAAAAAGUCACCUUAAUAUAAAGCAUCCAGCAGUCACAUAUAAGUAAGUAUCAUCAUGCCAGGCACACGUAUGACAGCAGAAUACCUGCUUCCAGCCAUGACCUGCUCACUGCUCCUAUACUAACUCACUAGCUGAAGAUGGAAAGUUUAAGAUCCUUCCCUUUUAGACAUACUGUACUUACUAAUUAUGGCUUUUUAAAAAAGAGGCAAAGCUAAUCACAUCACAUUAUGUUACUUGUUGCUUUUCCAGCUUGCAUUCAAGACAAAGGCUGCAUUUUAGAAGUAACGGUUGUAUUUAUAAUCCCAGUUUUAAGUUGAUCAGGGCCAGAUCUACACCUGCUGGCAAAUCAUUAUGAAUGUGGAAUAAAAAUCGGGAAAUAUCACGAUGAAAGCAGUAUAUGGAAUGUGCCCUAACUGUUAUCAGUGCACUUCAAUACCACUAUAAAGCAGUAGUGUAGACCUAGCCCAGGUUUCUAGCUCCUCCAGCAUGGCCCUCGAUCUUAGGUUCUCAAAGUGUAUGUGAGGCGGAACACCCAAAGAGGCACAAGCAGUGGCUGGGGAGUAAUGAGAGAUCCCCCUGCCACAGACCCAACAAUUUCUGUGUAUAUCUUGAGUAGGUCAACAGAGUAUGAAUUUUAUUCACCCUUCCCUUCCUUCCUUCACCUGGCAGUGUGCCUUUCCAGUUGUGCUUAGGCUCAUAGAGCAGGGAUGAAAUGCCUGGAAUCGCAAUCCAAUCCAUUUUUAUGGACUGCCAACCCUGUCAUGGCAGGACACAAACAUCCUUGGAUAUGCAAGAACUAAAAGCAGCAGCCAGUUUUCAAACUACUGUCACAGCUGCCUUCCCUUCCCCUUUCUCUGUCAUCUCUGCCUUGGAGGUAGAGCCAUGUUCCUUAUCCAUUGACCUGCCUAACUAUUAUCCAAGGAUGUGAGUGAGUCACCAAGUUGGUGAAUCAUUCUCCCCCCCACCCCCACCCCCCACCUUUUGUCUUAGCCACAAAACCAUGCUCACAAUUUCUGCGUUGGCUUGGGGGGCUUUUUGUGACAACAGGUGACAGAGCCUCUGUUCUAGACUCAUAGUUUGCCUUCUGACUAACCCCAAAUGCUGGAGGAGCUGCUAUAACCUUCAAACAAACUUAUGCCCUCUGUUGAUUGUCUUUCUUUUUUAAAAGCAAGAGAAAAUAUACUCUUUCAUCUGAAACACAUCACCUCAUUUCCAGUGCCUGGGACUGAUGUCUAAUGUAAUUUUAUCCCAUGUAUGUUAUAUAAUAAUACUUCUACUAUUUCAAUGCAAGGUGUUAUAUUUUAUACACAUGCACAUAAACACCCUCCUCCGUGCACAAAGAACUGCAUAAUCUCGCCAAAGAUACCUGUUUAAAAUGCACUUUCCUCUUCCUGUUGGUUGUACAUUUAUUGUAUGUGCCUCUUUCCUUUCCUUUCUUUUAAGGCUUUUGUUUUUAUUUUAAAUUUGGUUUGCAAGUGA